GCAUUGAAUGGGGGAGGGAUGGCUGCUGUGCAACAGGAACUGUGCAGUCGUACGCACACAGGGAUCCAAGGAAAGGAAGCCCUCUUUGGAAAGGGAUCUAAAGCCACAGCGUGGAAGAGAGCUGAAGAAAAACACUCCACAAACGCAACACGAUGGCAGACAAAAUCAAGGAUGCUAAGAUCAUCUUUGUUGUGGGCGGGCCUGGCUCUGGAAAGGGCACCCAGUGUGAGAAGAUAGUUGCAAAGUAUGGCUACACUCACUUGUCUUCUGGAGAUCUGCUGCGUGCUGAGGUGGCCUCUGGCUCUGACAGGGGCAAGCAACUCCAGGCUAUCAUGCAGAAAGGGGAGCUUGUACCCCUGGACACAGUCUUGGACAUGAUUAAGGAUGCCAUGAUCGCCAAGGCUGACGUCUCCAAGGGCUUUCUCAUUGAUGGCUAUCCUCGUGAGGUCAAACAGGGAGAGGAGUUUGAGAAGAAGAUUGGCAAACCCUGCUUGCUGCUGUAUGUCGACGCAAAAGCAGAAACCAUGGUCAAGAGGCUCUUGAAGCGUGGGGAGACCAGUGGCCGCUCCGACGACAAUGAAGAGACCAUCAAGAAACGCCUGGACUUGUAUUACAAAGCAACGGAGCCAGUCAUUGCUUUCUAUGAGAGCCGUGGCAUUGUGAAGAAGGUGGACUCUGAGCUGGCGGUGGAUGACGUCUUUGCCCAGGUUUCCAAGGCUAUUGAUGCACUGUAGUAAAGCAACAUAACUGGA